CCCCCCCUCCCCCACACGGACCAUGGGGAACGUGAUGGCGGCCGCUUCCCCGGGGCCCACUGCCACCGCCACCGGCUUCACUGUGCCCCCGGGAUUCGCCGUGCCCCCACUACCACUCGGCCCCGAGCAACAGCAGCUGCUGCAGCAGCAGCAACAACAACAGCGGGGGGCGGCUGGGCCCGGAGCCCAGGCCGAGGGCAAGCUGCCGAACCCGGGCACCUUCGAAGAAUGUCAUCGCAAAUGUAAAGAACUUUUCCCUAUUCAGAUGGAAGGAGUGAAACUCAUCGUAAACAAAGGUCUCAGCAAUCACUUCCAGGUCAAUCACACAGUGUCACUCAGCACAUUAGGAGAAUCCAGCUACCACUUUGGGGCAACUUACGUCGGCACGAAGCAGCUCAGUCCCACUGAGGCAUUCCCAGUGUUGGUCGGAGACAUGGAUAACACAGGCAGCCUGAAUGCACAACUCAUUCACCAGCUAACAAACAGAGUGCGGUCAAAAAUGGUGUUACAGACGCAACAGUCAAAAUUUAUAAACUGGCAGGUGGACUCGGAGUAUCGAGGAGAUGAUUACACAGCAACGCUGACAUUGGGAAACCCCGAUAUUCUCAUCGGAUCAGGCAUUGUUGUGGCUCACUAUCUACAGAGCAUCACGCCGAGCCUGGCUCUAGGAGGGGAACUCGUCUAUCACCGGCGACCAGGAGAGGAGGGUGCAGUGAUGUCUGUUGCUGGCAGGUAUACAGGCAAUAAUUGGAUUGGGACCCUGACCCUCAGUCAGGCAGGAGCACACGCUACAUACUACCAUAAAGCUAAUGACCAGUUACAGGUUGGUGUAGAGCUGGAAGCCAGCUUGCGGAUGCAGGACACCAGCGUGACGUUUGGCUAUCAGCUGGACCUCCCCAAAGCAAAUCUGCUGUUUAAAGGGUCAGUAGACAGUAACUGGGUCGUUGGUGCAACUUUAGAGAAGAAGCUGGUUCCGUUACCCCUGACCUUAGCGAUGGGAGCCUUCCUGAACCACAAGAAGAACAAAUUCCAGUGUGGUUUUGGCCUGACGAUUGGGUAAUCGCAGUGGGGCUGCAGCAACGUCUGAGCAGAGGAAGUCCAAAAGUUUUUCAUUUUUACUGGAAUGUACAGAGACCGUCUCACCUGGGGUCAUU